AGUCAAGAAAGACAAAAAAAAAAAAAGAUCGGAUAGAUGGAGGAAGAACUCAAGAACUUGAUCAAGGUUUCGGUUUCUGUAAUAAUCUCCAUAUCUUACUGUUACUACGUACCAACCAGAAUCAAACCUGGUAUCUUUAGAUUUCUCUCUGUUCUUCCAAUUUGUGCUCUGUUUCGUGUUCUUCCUCUGUUUUUCGCCUCUGUUCACCUCUCUGGUUACACAGCGCUUUUCAUCUCAUGGCUCGCCAAUUUCAAACUCAUACUCUUCUCCUUCAAUCAAGGCCCACUUUUUCCACUUCCCUCAAAUCUCACCCGAUUCAUCUGCUUCGCUUGCUUCCCCAUCAAGCUUCAACAAAACCCUAAGCGCCGAGACUAUUUCUUCCAAUGGGAAUACCCCAUUGAAGUUUUGUUUAGUAACCAAUUCGUGACUAAAGUUGUAAUCUUGAGUGUAGUGUUACAUAUGUAUAAUCACAUACAACAUAUAUAUCCCAUUGUGCUAUUUGUUCUCUAUCCACUCCAUCUAUACUUGGUACUUGAGAUUCUCUUAAAGCUCUUCAACGCUUUCUUCUCUAUAGCUCUUGAUUGCGAACUCGAGCCACAGCUGAAUGAACCAUACUUGGCCUAUUCUCUUCGAGACUUCUGGGGUCACUGGUGGACACUCAUGCUCCCGACGAUCCUCCUGCCAGACGUCUACGCUAGGAUGCGGCGAAUCACUGAAGGGAAAAUGAACUCCGAGAAUGCUCUGUACUUGGGAGUUUUUGUCACAUUCCUUGUCUCCGGUGCACUUCACGAGUUUCUCUUCUUCUAUAUAACUCGUGAGCGGCCUACUGGAGAGGUUACUCUGUUCUUCGUGUUACAUGGGGUUUGCAUUGUGGCGUACGACGCCAGGUUAAAGAAGAAGAUUGCGCGGUGGAUAGGGUUUGAAUUUUGCCCGUGUUUGAUAUUACAAGUGAUGGUUAUGGGGUUUGUCGUUGUGACUGCUGGUUGGUUGUUUUUCCCUCCUCUUGUCAGGACCGGCAAGAUUCAGAGAUUCGCUAACGAAGCCUUGCUCUUCAUUGGUUUCGUGCGCAACUUGUUUAACGAAUCCUUGUUCUUCAUGCGUAAGUUUUUUAACGAAGCCUUGUUCUUCACUGGUUUCGUCAUGCGCAAGUUGUUUAACGGAGCCUUGUUUUUCAUUGGUUUCGUCAAGCUCAAGUUGUUUAACGAAUCCUCCUUGUUCUUCAUCAUGCGCAAGUUGUUUAACGAAGCCAUGUUCUUCAUUGGUUUCGUCAUACGCAAGUUGUUUAACGAAGCCAUGUUCUUCAUUGGUUUCGUCAAGCUCAAGUUGUUUACUUUUGGCUGGUGA